CCAAUAAAAAUAACACUCUUAUAAUAAUAACUACUAUAAAUAUGUGAUCAUUCUCACUAUUCACUAUUUACGUCAUCUAAUUAUUCCAAUUAUUUAUCCUUCCCUUUUAAAUACCCUCAGCCGACCACUUCAUCCACCCCAUUUGCUUUCCUCUUAAACCUCUCUUUCUCUCUCUAAAAAAAAAAACUCUCUUUCUCUCUCUUCAUCAUACUAUGAAACUCAACUUAUACUGAAUAUUUGAUAUUUCUUCUCCACAAAAAAUAUAAAAAAAACCCUAAAAACACACACACAAAAAAAAAGUAAAAAUGAGCUUAGAUGAUUCACUUCGAUCUCUAUCGUUGGAUUAUUUAAACCUGUUAAUCAACGGUCAAGCUUUCAGUGACGUUACUUUCAGUGUAGAAGGGCGUUUAGUACACGCGCAUCGUUGCAUCUUAGCGGCGCGUAGUCUUUUCUUUCGGAAAUUCUUUUGUGGGUCGGACCAACCGGGUGGGCUUGACCCAAGAGUAAUGGGCCAAGCUUCUUCUCCUCGGGCCGGUGGUGGGCCAGUUCCGACCCAAGUGAUUCCGGUAAACUCAGUUGGGUAUGAAGUUUUCAUGUUGUUGUUACAGUAUUUGUAUAGUGGACAAGUCUCAAUUAUUCCUCAAAAACAUGAACCUAGGCCCAAUUGUGGUGAAAGAGGUUGUUGGCACACGCAUUGCACCUCCGCCGUUGAUCUUGCCCUUGAUACUCUCUCCGCCGCUCGAUCUUUUGGCGUUGAACAACUCGCUUUGCUUACUCAGAAACAAUUAUCAAGUAUGGUGGAGAAGGCAUCAAUUGAGGAUGUAAUGAAAGUACUAAUAGCAUCCAGAAAACAAGACAUGCACCAACUUUGGACUACUUGUUCCCACCUAGUAGCAAAAUCCGGCUUACCACCAGAAGUACUAGCAAAACACCUCCCAAUCGAGGUGGUAGCGAAAAUCGAGGAGCUCCGAUUGAAGUCCUCAAUAGCAAGGCGAUCAUCUCUCAUUCCUCACCACCACCACCACCACCACCCUCAUGACCUCGGGCUUCCAACCCCAGCCGAUCACGAGGACCACAAGAUCCGCCGAAUGAGGCGAGCGCUCGACUCAUCGGAUGUAGAGCUAGUGAAGCUAAUGGUGAUGGGGGAAGGCCUAAACUUGGACGAAGCACUAGCACUACAUUAUGCAGUUGAAAACUGCAGCCGUGAAGUUGUUAAAGCAUUGCUUGAGCUAGGAGCUGGAGAUGUGAACUAUCCUGCAGGACCUACUGGUAAAACCCCACUACAUAUAGCUGCAGAAAUGGUUUCUCCGGACAUGGUGGCGGUGUUGUUAGACCACCACGCAGACCCGAAUGUACGCACCGUCGAUGGAGUCACACCAUUGGACAUUUUAAGAACCUUAACCUCGGAUUUCCUCUUUAAAGGUGCAGUCCCUGGGUUAGCCCACAUUGAACCUAACAAACUCCGACUUUGUCUAGAGCUUGUUCAAUCUGCUGCAAUGGUGAUCUCAAGAGAGGAUGCAAACGACAAUAAUAAUAACAAUAACAACAACAACAACACUACAUCGACAUCGAUGUACGUGCCAAUGGGUGGUGAUCAAGAGCAUACUACAAGUAGUACUAGUAGUAGUGGGAAUGUUGGAAACAUUGGUAUAGAUUCAAGAAUGGUUUAUUUGAAUUUAGGAGCAGUUGGUUCAGCUUCAAUGGGAGAUCAACAACAUAAUGAGGAUAGUCAUACAAGCCAGAGGAAUUCGUCCUCGAUUUACCAUCACCACCACCAGCACCACCAUCAUCAUCAUGACUAUUGAAAAUUAUUCAUUUUCAGAAUUAAGGGUGGUGGGGUGGGAGUUACAUAUCUUUUGGUUAAUUGAAGAAAUCAAAAUGUAAUUCAUAGGUGGAUAUAUAAGUUAGCUAGAAUUAUUUAUAUGAUUCUGCUUAAUUCAUAUAUUUCGGGUUUUUCUUGGACAUUGUAGGGUUUUGUUAUGUGCAUGAUGAGUUUUAUGAUGAUUAUAUGCAAAAUGCAGUUGAUGAUGAUUGAUCAGGAUUUUACUUGUGAAGUGGGAUUUUACUUGAUGAUGAUUUAUCAAAGCUAGAAAAGGGAGGGAAGAUGUGUUAUUGAGAAGAUCAUAUGAAUCUGAGUUUGUUUUGGGAGCAUUCUUAUGGAAUUUGGAUGGAUAAAUGAUUAAAUGGUGAUGAGUACUGAUGAAAGAACCCAGGUCAAUCUUUUCAUUUCUGGCCUGUAAAAUUCAAGCUUUUUUUGUAUUACUUAUGAAUAUUAUUAAAAAUGCUACUAUUAUUAUUUUUA